AUUUUCUCUUAAGGAAUGAUAUCCCCCUGCGCUGAGCAGCGUCCUACUCUGGUUCCCUCGCUUUGAAAGGAGCAGAUACAGGGUUCGCGGAUCCGAACUAUGACCAACAGGUGCGAUGCUGUUGACUUUAACGAUGACAACGUGCCUUGGGCGUACUGCCCGUCGUUUCCAGCGGCGAUCCUCUUCGCGGCAGUUUUCUGUCUCCUGACCAUUGCUCAUACCGCUCAAUUAUUCCUUUCGCGAAAGAAGUUUUGCUGGGUUAUUGUCAUGGCGGCUAUAUGGGAGACCAUUGGCUUUUCGCUGCGAGCAUAUUCAACCCAGAACCUACGGUCCAUUGGGCCCGUUGUUCCGUCUCAGCUCUUGAUUAUCCUGUCGCCCUUAUGGCUCAAUGCCUUCGUUUACAUGGUCCUCGGCCGCAUGAUAUAUUUUUUCCUGCCGGAGAAAAGGUGCUUUGGUAUCUCGGCGAAGAAACUUACCAUGCUAUUUGUUAUUCUGGAUAUCACCGCAUUUUUAGUCCAGGGUACAGGCGGCAGUAUGCUGUCGGGAGAUGAUCCAAAGACUGUAAAUCUUGGGAAGUAUAUAUAUAUGGGAGGUAUCGGUUUCCAGGAAUUCUUCAUCCUGAUUUUCUUUGCUCUUGCGGUUCGCUUUCACUAUAAGAUGAAUUACGUUGAAACCAUUCACCCGCCAGCCUACCGAUGGCGCCCGCUUCUCUAUACCGUGUACGCCGGUCUCGUCUUAAUCACCAUCCGCGUCAUUUACCGACUCUGUGAAUACUCUCAGGGAGUUGACACUCCGCUCUCCAAAAGUGAAACAGCGUUCUACGUCCUCGACGCAGCAACCAUGGCCGUCGCCAUAUUCCUCUUCAGCAUCUUUCAUCCAGGGCGAUUCCUCGUCGGCCCGGAAAGUGAGUUUCCGAAAAAGCAGAAAAAAUCGAAAGCAAACAGAAACAGGGACGAUACGAAGUCGGAAAGCAGGAGGAGUAAGAGGUGGGCUCGACGGAGAACAGAAAAAAAUGAUGUGGAGUUGAGUACAGACGCUGAGCAGUUCGCGGCGCAGGAGCUCGGGCAGCAUGAGUUGUUAGAGAGACCGUCGCCUGGGUCAGCACCGGGGCAAAACUGGGGCUACAGGUAACUGCUGCUUGGUAUCAUACUAAGAUAGGCGAUUAUCUUUUAUCAAGAGCUGUUCUAAUUUGUAAAGCGUAGUGAAAAAUGAAUGAUGCAUGUGAGGUAUCUUCGAUGCUAUGUAACCGUACAUACAUAUCAG